AUGGCCUCCGUCUCCGUGGACCACGCCGUGAUCCGCACCGGCACGCCGGCCGAGGUUGCCAAAUACCUCCGUGACCUCCGGUUCAGCACCGCGGAUCCGGCUCUCAUCACCUCUGAUCUACACGACGCAGUCGCACGAGGAUCAAUCCCUCAUGCCGUCUUCACAAUCUGGACUCCUCUCCAUCGCAAUGCCGAAUCCACCAUCGCCGGGCUUCGCCAAUCGGAGAGCCUCCUCGAGAGGAAGACUGCCAUCAAGGCCUUCAUCAAGGCUGUGCGGUCGCCCAAUGCGAUGGCCGAAAUGUGGGAUGCCGCUGGCGGCGCUUCUGGAGUCGCCGCAAUCAUGAGCGACCUAAGUGUCAACGAAAUCAGGCUGUUUUGCAAUGGCCUGGCCAAGACCGCCUCGCUGCCUGGCAAGCGAGCCGAAAGGCAUGUCAUGUUGACCGAGCUAGUCGACCUUCUUUGUGCCGACGCCAAUUCUCAUGCGAAGAAUCCAGAUACCAGGCCGCUCGGGGUCUACUACAGGCGUAUUCUACCAGCAUGCACGACUGACAAGGUGGCCAAGCAUGAAGAGACGCGUCCAACAUGGUCGCAACGGCAGCAGUCCAUCCUCUUCCGGACUCAUCCAUCCUUCUACGAAGCCAAGUUCCUCGACUCCAUCUUCUCUCAGGACAGCCACGGUAUCGACUUCAACACGUGGACGCAUCUCAUCAACAACGACUUCAGCUUUGCUAAAAAGCUGCUGUCAAGACUCAACGAGACCAAGGGACCUUUGCCUCUCAAGUCUCAUGACUUCGUACAGUUGGCUGAGGCGAUCGCGAAGCGUCUACGUCGCAGACGCUCAGCGGGCGACGAGAAUCUCCCAUUCGAGAUCCUUGAGCUUCUCGUUGAGGCGUUCAAGAAGAACACCGACGCGGCAGAGUAUCUCAAUACCUCUCUAAACGGUGUGAUCUUCUACGUCGUCAAGUUCUGGGAGCACACUCGCACCACACGGCCAAACGUUCAGCAGCAUCUGGCGGAGCUGAUUGGACUUGCUCCCGUCUCCAACUUCAAGUCUGCAAAGGACCUGGUCACGCUGCUUCGCAUCGUCAACUCUUCAGUCUCCUACCGACUGUUCCGACUCAUUAUCCAGAGCUCCAAGGACUACCGCUUUGAUGUCGAAGACGCUUCGGGCGAAGCUAAUGAUUCCUUGCGAAAGCUCAAGGGUCCUUGGCCCGCAGAUGUCUUCACCAUGUUCUCCGAUGAUGACCCCGACGCGUCGCUUAGGCUCUUCAGAAAACUCAUGGCCGUUUUCCCCGAUGCUCAAUUCCUCCAAGCCUCGACUCUGCAGAGACAAUCAAUUGUGGAAUGCCCUCGAGAACCAGAGACCAAGAAGGGCAACGUGGACAUCCUUGAGGCGCUCCUGGUACGGGCAUCGCCAACCUCGCCAGUUUUAGACUCCGAUUUGAUGGAUCGUAUCAAAUCUAGGGUAGAAAGCUGUAAGGAAAAGGCUGCGAUGUCUCGUGACUGGAUCUUCCGCUUAGGGUGGACGAGGAUUGCGAUCGAUCUCAGCGUUGCAGCUGGGUCUCUUGAGCUAUUUGAAGGGGUCCUUCUAUGGGCAAGGCGCUUCAACAAAGACCGCAACACCGUGGUGCAGCUCUACUCUGCCGACACCUUGCACAGAGUCGAGAUUAUCGACCUGCUCAGUGGCAAUCCUUCCUUUGGUCGUCAGGACGGCCUCAAGUCUGACGUCCGCAGGAAUAUCGAUUUAGGGAGCAAGAUCUUGUUACAGUUACUGGAGACAGCCGCGAUGGCCAUCCGAGAGCCCAGUUUUCAACAAUACGAUUGGAACGACAUUCUCAACUUUCCCUCCAAGGUGGUUGAGAGACGACUUGUGUCUGCGAACGACGUCCAAAGCAAUCUUCGACUGAGCGACGACGAGACCUACGAGAUCUUUUGGAAGCCAACUCUGGAGCUUCUUGUUGAAGCAGAAAAGUAUCUCCUCAAGCCAGGCAUGCAGCGACUCUACCCCCGAGAUAUCAAAGGCCUGUUCCACAACGUCGAUUUCGAUUUCGAGAAGUCUCUUCGUCCGCACUCCGCGAGGUUUCUGGACACUCUUUCUCGGGCCCGGGACGAACUAUGGCGCGAACUCCGCCCUCAGCACUUCCCAGCAGUGCAUGAUCUGGGACCGGCUUGGCCAAGAGGAUUGUCAGUGCAGUAUUUGUGUCCUUCUGAGAUGAAGGACGUAAGUCUCCUGCCUUUUGUUCGGUCAAGAGUUGAAGCCGUUGUCUUUGGCAACCCCGAUGUGCUCCUUGAAGAAUCGCCCAAUGACCAGGAAUUCCGAGCUACAAUUGGUCCUUUCGUUGACGACUACGUCUAUGCUCUCGGCAUCUACACUGGCAGUGCAAGCAAUAAAGAGGAUCGAGACUAUCGCAUUCGGAAGGCGUGGAGACACGCCGUCGACAACCUUACUGGAGAACGGAUGACAAGGACUGAGUCUCUCCGCUUCUGGCACGAGGUCUUUGUGGAUCAGAGUCGUAUUAAGCUGCUGCGAGACAUCCAAGUCGAGUUGCCUCGACCUUCUGGACCUACAAUCCCUUCUGCCGACAACCCAGAUAUACCAAUAGAAUGGAUGCCAGAGCCGUGCUCUGAAGAUGUCGACGCCGAUUCGCGAGACAUUCCUGCCACAGUCCUCGAUCGCAUGAUUACCCACGGACAUCCUUGGGCCAACACCACCGUGUUGGACGUUGAAGUCAGCUGGACCGACUCCGUUUGGAUCUCCCCUGAGCAUCCCACGAGUUUCUGGAGUAUGGAGCGCCUUGGCAAGCCCGUCUCUUGGGGCUCAAAGGAUGGCUUCUUUCUGGCUAUCGUGCUGUACCUCAACACCUUGGAGGGCAGUGAUACCUCGAUAUUGAAGGAAGCCUUUCCCUCAAAGACCGACACGCGCUAUCCGGCACUCUACCUGGAUCAGGAGUUCAUGGAUGCUGUCGACACCGAUUACUUCGGCUAUGGCUUUGCUCGUCAGACCAGCAACAUGAUCGCAUCGGGACCUGCUUUACUCGUAGCCCGAGUCGCGAGAUCUGUUCUGGGAACAGUCGAGAAGAUCGAGAAAUCCGGCUCUCACGACGUGGCGCCUGUAGCUCUAGCCAUGCGACUGAUUCGGCUGCUUGCGGGUAGCGAUCAACCAUCGCUGGCUUUCCCGCUGAUCCGAGAUGUCAUUCUCGAUCGGCCUAACGACAGCGCCUGGCAUCGACAGCUUUUGAACAAGGGUCUGUUCAACAAGCUUCCUCCCAGUGAGACGAAGAAACUCCUGGGCACUAUUGCAGACGGUAUCCAGGAGAAGCUCGACAUGCAGGAUGCCAACAACAAAGCAGAAGCUGAAAAGGACUCGGCCGACUCUGCGGGCUCCCCUUCUCUGGUAAAGGUCUCGACAGUCAAGAUGCUGGCCAAGCUCCUCAGCGAUUCCCCUUUCCUUGACUUCAGAUCUUCUCUUGGAAUUCUCUCCCACCUCUUGGAUAAGGCAAAGCACAUCGACGUCCGGAUUGCAAUCAUUGAGAGUUUGUACGGCACCUUAGGCGCCGAGUCUACUUCUACCGACAUCAAGGACGAAAUUCUUCUCCUGCUCGAGAAGCACGCCGUACCACUUGCAGCAGCCUUCAACGAGCGAGGACCUUCGUGGGCCACUUGGGAGCAAAUAGAAGCUGGCGAAGACUUGCCUCAAGUGAUCAAUCGCAGUAUGGGGGCCGAGACACCAGUCCGUCAGAUGUUUAUGACCUGGGACUCGAGGUUCCCGAAAGACAAACAUCUGCGCCAGAAGCUUGCAGCCAUGACUACUCGAGUCAUCGAGCAAUCUGCCGAAAACAACCGCCGGUGGACGGAGCUUUUCCUGAAGAGAUACGAAUUCUCUUUGAAUCUCGGGGAAGAUCUACCUCGCGUGCCUGUGGAUGCGAGAAUGCUCAUACUGUUUGGUCGAAACCCAGAGUUCUUGACCGGUUCCGUGUUCGAGAUAAUGAGAGACAGCGUCCUGACGCAAAUCUCACCACCACCCGGCAUCGCAUCCAUCACGAAGCAAGUCCGGCGAAGCCCGGGGCUCUCCGACUCAGACGCCGGAAAGCAUUGGCUCUCACUGUACGGCACAAGUGGACAAUCGAUCAACAACUGCGGCAUAGAUCAAGCCUUGCGACAGAUGCACCGCCCCAUUGGUCUGGAAGCGUGCGACUCUUCCGAUCGCGUCACCAUGGAAAUGCUACAGCAUCUCGGCAAUGAGAUCUUCGAAAAGCUGUUGCAGGGAGGAAUGCCUCAAGUCGAGUCCCUCUUCAGAGCCAUGACACCAAAAGAUUACCUGGAGACCGACAGAGAAGUGCUGGCGAGGUGGAAGGCGGCCGCUCUCCCUGUUCUCGAGAACGUCAUCGUUCGUGUUGAGCAGCUGCGCACGCCGCAAUGGCAACGAGAUCCCAGGCGGAAGCCUCAUGUUCUGCCCGACGCGUUCCGACUGAAGGCUACCAUGACUAUCUUCGACUUCCCAGUUGAGAUUGGUCACGAUGAUGUGUUCGUGAAAGAGGUUUUGGGUCUGAUAAGCGUCUUAGCCGAGACCAGGGCUUCUUACCACGCGAACUGGGAAUACGUCAAGCAGAAGGCUUUCUACGUCAAUCAAGAACUCAGAAUUCACCUCAUGCGCCUCGGUAUUCGCUUUGGCUCGCUCGAUGACAUAGACGUCGAAAAUCCUACGCUGGCAGACUACCUUCGUGUUGAUCUGGCGAAAUUCUUGGUGGAAAGGGGUCAUCCGCAGGCUCCUAAGGACAAGACUGAAAUCUCGGACUUAAAGAAGAUGCUGCGCUCAUGGGCUGAGUCUCCGGUCGAGGACUUCAGAAACAGUGCCAGGGAGAUGGUGUUGAAUUUGAAGAGAUCUAGGGAUUGUGCAGGGUUUACACGAGGAGGGUAUCUGAGAGGGGCCAGGACUGGAGCAGAAGAUUCGGACAGUGACGAAGACUCAGAUUAG